ACCCUCUCUCUGUAUGUGUUCUCUGUCGUCAUCUUCUACUUAAUUACCCUCUCUCUAUAUAUAUUUGUCUCUCUCUGCUCCGAUCUGUCUCCAAAGACGCCGUCUCGAUCUUCUUCCUCUGCAUCGUAACAGAGCGCGAUGGAUGAGACUUCAGCUCUCAUCGAAGCCAUUCUCAGGGAGCAAGAGGAAGAAGAAGAAGCUCACAGAAGAAGGACCCGCACCACGCAAAACACCGCCGCUAAAAACAACAAUAACGAAUGGCAAACUGUAUCGUAUCAGAAGCGAAACCGCAACAACAAGAAGUCCUCCUCCAAGCAGCCCCUCGUCAACGACAAUUUCGCCGCUGAUCAUUCCUCCGAUGUCUUCAGCUCCGUCGAGCGGCAUUCCGAAGAGCGCCGCCGCCGCCUCCUCGAGUCUCAGAUAGCUGCCGCUGCUGUGGAUGCGGAAGCCACUCCGAGCAGAUCGAAGCGGCAUUCCGACGACGAAGAUGACGGCGAUGCGGAGCCGGAUGCCGGCGCCGUCGAGAACGGUUCUUCUGAAGUGAAGAAGGCGAAGCAGAAGAAGCCGAAGAAGCCGAAGGUGACCGUGGCUGAAGCUGCUUCCAGAAUCAGCGCCGAUGAACUCGACACGUUUCUCGCCGAAAUUACUGCUUCGUAUGAAUCGCAACAAGAUAUUAUGAUGAUGCGAUUUGCUGAUUACUUCGGUCGCGCUUUCUCGUCGGUGAGUGGAGCUCAAUUCCCGUGGCUGAAGACGUUCAAAGAGUCCACCGUUGCCAAGAUUGUUGACAUCCCUCUUUUGCAUAUUUCUGAGGAUAUUUACAAAAUAUCAACUGAUUGGAUCAGUCAUCGAUCAUAUGAAGCCCUUGGUUCCUUUGUGAUAUGGUCGUUAGACAGCAUUCUUGCAGACAUUACAAGUCAUCAGGGAACUGUUAAAGGAUCUAAGAAGGUCGUCCAACAAUCAUCAUCGAAAUCUCAGGUUGCCAUAUUUGUGGUUUUAGCAAUGGUGCUUAGACGAAAACCUGAUGUAAUGAUUAGUUUAUUGCCAAUAAUCAAGGAGAGUCAAAAAUAUCAAGGACAGGAUAAACUCCCUGUGUUGGUUUGGGUGAUAACUCAGGCUUCUCAAGGAGAUCUAGUCAUGGGGUUGUACUUGUGGGUAUCCCUUCUUUUACCCAUGCUGAGUGUGAAGUCUGGUGGCAAUCCACAUUCAAGAGACUUGAUAUUACAGUUGGUUGAGAGAAUUAUCACAUUUCCUAAAGCUCGUUCUAUUUUACUAAAUGGGGCUGUCAGAAAAGGGGAGCGUGUUGUGCCCCCGUGGGCACUUGAUUCGCUUUUGAGAGUUACUUUCCCUCUUCCUUCAGCCCGGAUCAAGGCCACUGAAAGAUUUGAAGCCGUUUAUCCAACAUUAAAAGAAGUUUCCCUUGCUGGUUCCCCUGGAAGUAAAGCACUAAAGCAUCUUGCGCAGCAGAUGCUUAGUUUAGCAAUUAAAGCUGCGGGAGAAGCUAAUCCGGACCUAUCAAAGGAGGCAAGUGACAUCUUUAUUUGGUGCUUGACUCAAAAUCCAGAGUGUUACAAGCAAUGGCAGGAUUUGCUUUAUAUGGAUAACCUUGAAGCAAGUAUUGUUGUAUUGAGAACACUUUCUGGUGAAAGGAAGGAAUACUUUGUCAAACAUACUACUCGUGAUCCUUUGAGGGAAACUCUUGAGAGCUUUUGUAAAAAGAAUGAAAAGGCGUUUGCUAAUAUGGAAGAUGGCUCUCGCCAUGCAUUAUUAAAGGAUGCAGACAAAUACUGCAAGGUCAUUUUGGGACGAUUGUCACAGGGCCAUGGAUGCUUGAAGAGCAUGGCAGUGUUUUCUGUUGUACUUGCUGUUGGUGCCGUUUACAUGAGCCAGAACAUGCAUCUAUGGGAUUAUAAUAAACUGACAGAAAUGUUGAACCUGUCCUAGGUUGCCAGAGUUAUCCUGUGGCUUAGUCGGUUCUUACUCCCGGCGUGAAUCACUUAAGCCAAUAGUGAGGUGUGAGGAAUAUUUAAUUUAUUUUAGUCUUCAACUUAGUGAAAUCAAACCAAAAUAGGAACAAAAGCAUGGAAGCUUGUGCUGGCCAUUUAUAUAGGCAUUGACGUGUGUUCUCAAAUUUUAGGUCAAUUUGACAAUUUUUUAUUAAGAAAUUUUAUAGUGGCUUGUUAUAUAUUGAUUUUCAGAUAAAGUGCCAAAUGGCUUUAUAGAAAUGCAAAUAGUGCUUGAAUGCUAAUUUUGAAA